ACUUGAUUUUAUCGCCUCAGUCCCUCUUGUAUCUUGUCAUCUCUCUUUUUCUUUCUGUACUCAAAGCUAAAGGUUCUCUCUCUCUCUCUCCUCACUGCCCCCCACCCCUGGGCAUCGUUUUCUUCGUUGGAAGCUGGAAGAUGGCUUCAAACACAAUGCUCUCCCUGGCCUCUACCUCUGCAUCACCUUUAUUAUCCUUGCAAGAUACUUUGAAGACAAAAUUGAAGCUUACCAGCUCUAAUCAUACUAGUUUCUUGGGCAAGGGAAAAAGCGUCCCCUUCACAAACACAAAGUCUUUUGGUCGGAUAACUAUGGCUGUUGCCGUCAAGGUUUCUCGAUUUGAGAGUAUAACAAUGGCUCCUCCUGAUCCCAUCCUUGGAGUUUCUGAAGCAUUCAGAGCUGACACAAAUGAAAUGAAGCUCAACCUAGGUGUUGGAGCAUAUCGUACAGAAGAACUUCAACCUUAUGUGCUUAAUGUUGUGAAGAAGGCAGAGAAUCUUAUGCUGGAGAGGGGUGAAAACAAAGAGUAUCUUCCAAUCGAGGGUUUAGCUGCAUUCAACAAGGUCACAGCAGAGCUAUUGUUUGGAGCAGACAACCCAGUGAUCCAGCAACAAAGAGUUGCAACUGUUCAAGGUCUUUCUGGGACUGGUUCUCUUAGGCUCGCUGCAGCACUAAUAGAGCGAUAUUUUCCUGGGGCAAAAGUUCUGAUAUCAUCUCCAACUUGGGGUAACCACAAGAAUAUCUUUAAUGAUGCUGGAGUUCCUUGGUCUGAAUAUCGCUACUAUGACCCGAAAACUGUUGGUUUGGAUUUUGAUGGGAUGAUAUCAGACAUAAAGGCUGCUCCUGAAGGAUCUUUUGUGUUGCUUCAUGGCUGUGCGCACAACCCAACCGGCAUUGAUCCAACUCCUGAGCAGUGGGAAAUAAUUGCUGAUGUCAUUCAAGAGAAGAACCUCAUUCCCUUUUUUGACGUUGCUUACCAGGGAUUUGCAAGUGGAAGCCUGGAUGCAGAUGCAUCAUCUGUGAGGUUGUUUGCUGCACGCGGCAUGGAGCUUCUGGUCGCUCAGUCAUACAGUAAGAAUCUGGGUCUUUAUGCCGAAAGGAUUGGAGCAAUCAACGUCAUCUGCUCAACAGCAGAAGCAGCCACGAGG